AUGUUGCAGUUCAACAACCUCAGCCUAACGCACCGGAACAGACUGGAGGCCCUACCCCUGAGACAACCACUCUUCCUCACCCGCCAAGCCCCGCCUGCGCCCUCUCGGCGUGGUUCCGCCCGCGAAGAACUAUCCAUCACGAUCCCGUCGACCUACGACGUGCUAUCUUCGGCAGCAAGCACGUCUGCUUCACCGUUUGCGUCGCUCCUGAAUCCCAGCACCGCGGAGCGCAAGACAUCAUACACGUUCAGCGACUUCGGCGCGGGCAUCCCGCGCGCGGCGUCUCCUUCGCCGUCAAAUACAGAGGAGCCACAAUCGGCGUCGAGUUCUAUGGCACGGGACCCAUGGCAGAAAUACAUCAAGUGCUUACUGACGCUCCCGGGUGACAGGGCCAUUCAGCGUGCCGUCACGCUCCACCAGAAACUCGCCGAGGCGGAGGCGAAGCGCGACAGCCUCCGCCGCCUCCAGAAGUCGCCGCAGUUCCACAGCGCGACCCCGCGCAUGAUCGAGCGGCUCGAGGGCCUCCGGAUCGAGCACGAGCGCGUCCUUGGGGGGCUGAAGAAGCGCUUCAGCGACGCCAUCAACACGCUCGCCGCGUUCCCGCCCGGCAUCAGCCCGUUCGACGGGCCCUCGCGCGCGGGGAGCGUCGGCGCGGACGCGGAACCGCCCCCAGCGGCGGAGGAUAUAGAGCGGUACGCAGUGGAGGUGCGCGAGUGGAUGGACGCGGUGCGGCCCUACGUCGACUCCCUGCGCGCACAGGCGACGCAGCCUCCGCCAGCACCGCCUGCAGAGGAGGACGCCCCGCAGGUGCCGGCAAAGCGCAAGCGCCGCGCGGGCGACACCGAUGCCCAGGACCCGGUCGAGAGCGCAGUCGCCGAGGUCUCGGAGCGGCUCGCGCGGCUCGAGGUGACCGCGGACGAGCUCGACACAUACCUGCAGGAUCUGCGGACGUCGUCGCAGGCGGCCAUCAACGCGGCGCUCGUGCGCAUCGAGCAGGCUGCCGUGCCCCCGGAACCCACGGAAGACGGCGAGAUUGUUCCAGUGCCAGCACUGGAUGCAGACGUGGGGGUGCCCGGGGCGUGCACUCGCCGCCUGCGCGAGGCGUCGUCAGAGCUGGCGCGGCUGCGCGGGGAGCUGAAGACGCUGCAGACGCGUGACCACAACUGGUGGCGGCAGCAGUACGCGCUGAGCACAGAGAACGAGGGGCUCAAGAUGCGCAUUUCGCAACUCGAAGAGAGUGAGACGCAAGAACGCGCGCAGCUCGCGGCGGACGCCCAGGAACUGCGCAAGCUGCGCGAGCAGGUGCAGAACCUCACGGCGCCGCGUCCCGACGUGCCCCAGCUCCCGCCGCAGCCGUCGCUAGAUGAUCUCGUGUCGCUGUUUGAGGCGGAAAUGCGACCACGCUGGCGCGAGGACGCUAUGCGUGGGCUGGGUGCGAUGCGGGAGGGCGUGGAACAGCAGCUGCGCACACAGCAGCAGGCGGUGCUGUCGCAGGUGUGGGGCGCUAUGAAGCCGACGCUGCGUAUCGUGGACAGCAUACAGGACUUCAUGGAGGUCCAGAGCACGUCGAGUGACCAACAAGCAGUGAGCUCGUAA